AUGGACUUCUUCGAGAAUCACUAUCGCUUAUAUGCGUUGAUGCUGCGUAUGCUAGGACUAUGGCCAUAUUCUGUGUCCAUAUAUAGUACAAUUAAGAGGAUGUUACUCUCUACGGCCUUUCUCAACGGUGUGUUGAUCCAGAUAGUGCUGCUGAUAAAAACGGAAAUUACUUUAGAAAAUUUUACUCGGACGUUGUCCAUCACGUUACCGAUACUGCUCUUCUUCUGUCGUUACGUUUCUAGCGUUCUUAAUUUUGAAGUGACAAGAUACCUCAUCGACCAGAUAGACAGGGAAUAUACGAUUCUCGAAAGUUCGACUGAGAUGCAAAUACUAACCAAGUACAUCGAUGAGUCGAGUCAAAUAAUUACCAUUUUCGCCUUUCCUAUGAUGUAUCUUUUAAUGCCGACAGCAUUAGAUUUUGCAAUACCGCUGAACGAAUCUCGAACACGUUACAUUUCCUAUGUGAAUUUGUAUUUCAUCGAUCAUUCCGAGUAUGCUGAUGUCGCAGUCUUGUAUUUUUCUUUCAUUUUUCUCGCUGGAUUGUGUUCUGUAAUAUGUACCGAGUCGCUGCUCAAUGUCUGUUCUCAUUACAUAAGCGGAUUGCUGAAAAUUACCAGCUAUCGAUUACGAAAUGCAGUUACAAAUCUGUCCAUCUGCAAGUCGACUUAUAUGUCGAAUCUAAUCGAGGAUUACUCUGACUUUCAUCGAGUCGUCGACAUCCACAACAGAGCCAUAGAGUAUAUCAACUUGGCCGCAUCCACCCAUGUGAUACAAUAUUCCAUUGCGAGUAUCAUAGGUGUGAUAUCAUUUGCUUUCAGUUUGUAUCGUUUGUUCCGAGCAAUACAUGCUAUGAACGAUAAACUAGAAAUCUGCAUUUCUAUCGAUAUCUUUGUCGUUCAUUUGCUGAUAUUAUUUUUGAACAAUUACUACGGACAGCUAGUUAUCAACAAUAGCUUGGACGUGUUCCAUGAAUCAUACAAUUCUACGUGGCACUGCAUUCCUUUGAAAGCACAAAAAUUGCUGCUGUUCAUCAUGUUCAGAAGUUCGGUCGAAUGUGCGUUUGAUCUCUCCGGAUUGUACGUCCCGUGUUACACAGGAUUCUCUGCGAUGAUGAGUACGUCGUUCUCCUACUUUUCCCUGAUGUACUCGAUACAGUAA